CUCAAUUUACUAAACAGUCAAUAAAAAUCAUUGAAAAAGUACCAUUACUACCGAUAUUUUUUUCAAUAUUGCAAAUUAUCGUUUUCCCUUUCACUCGUUAUCUCCCCCACCCACCCGUGUGUUCUUUGUUUUCGAUUCGUCGACGUCGAUUUCCCCUUGGCUGUUUCGCAAGCAGUGCAGUGUAGUGCGAUACAUAGUGAGGUGUGUGUUCAAUUUUAAAGUUACAAUUUUAGUGGCAAGGACGAAAUCAGCGCAAUAGCCAGCCAAAAUGGCUGCUGCUAACAAACCUUUGCAAUUUGAUCGAAUAUGUCGGGCGUGCUUGCAAAUCAAGAAAGACAUGAGGCCUUUAUUCGAGCAACUUACUGCAACGAUGCUGAUGGGCAUUUCUAAAGUGCAGGUAUCCGUCGGUGACGGCCUGCCAUCCCAACUGUGCCUGCAGUGCGUACACCAGAUCUCGCGCUGCCACGCCUUCAAGGAGCUCGUGGAACGGAACGACGUCACGUUACGCGAGCACGCCAAGAAUGCUGCAGAGGAGGCAAGGAACAAUGAGGUUGGUAUACUGAUCCCAACUGUGCCUGCAUGCGUACACCAGAUCUCGCGCUGCCACGCCUUCAAGGAGCUCGUGGAACGGAACGACGUCACGUUACGCGAGCACGCCAAGAAUGCUGCUGAGGAGGCAAGGAAUAAUGAGUGCGUACACCAGAUCUCGCGCUGCCACGCCUUCAAGGAGCUCGUGGAACGGAACGACGUGACGUUACGCGAGCACGCCAAGAAUGCUGCUGAGGAGGCAAGGAAUAAUGAGGAGAAAGUAUUGGGCCUGGUGCCGGACGCCGCCCAGUACAUCCAGUACAUCGAGCUGCCGAUGAACAACACGCCGCAGCUGCUGGACGGACUGUUUGAACCGCUGUCCGACAAGCAGGAGUUCGUUGACCCCAACAAGCAGUACAUCCAGUACAUCGAGCUGCCGAUGAACAACACGCCGCAGCUGCUGGACGGACUGUUUGAACCGCUGUCCGACAAGCAGGAGUUCGUUGACCCCAACAAGCAGGUAGUCAGUUGUUUAAUAUUGAGCCUGGUGCCGGACGCCGCCCAGUACAUCCAGUACAUCGAGCUGCCGAUGAACAACACGCCGCAGCUGCUGGACGGCUUGUUUGAACCGCUGUCCGACAAGCAGGAGUUCGUUGACCCCAACAAGCAGAUUGACACAUCACAGCCAAGCAAAGAAGAAUCCGGGCUCAACUCGGACGAAGAGAACUACCUCCAACUGGUAGUCUUCCAAGCCACAUCCUCCGUCGCCCCGGGACGUCACGUGUGCAACCUCUGUCACAAGGAGUUCAAACACGCACGCUGGCUGAAACUACACAUGCGGUCUCACUCUAACUGGAUCAAGGCCAACUGCAAGAAGCCACCGAUGUGCCCCAUCUGUGAGAGGACUUUCAAGGGCCCAGGCAUGCUAAAAAUGCACAUGCGAACACACGAGCAGCGGCCGCCCAAGCAGCCAACAUGCUCAGUCUGCCAACGGAACUUCCCCACCAAAACCCUGCUCUACCGACACCGGCAGACCCACUUCGAGCAGAAGACCCACCAGUGCUCGGUUUGUGAGAAAAGGUUGAAGGUUAACUCAGUCUGCCAACGCAACUUCCCCACCAAAACCCUGCUGUACCGAUACAGGCAGACCCACUUCGAGCAGAAGACCCACCAGUGCUCGGUUUGCGAAAAGAGGUUCUACAGCGGCUACGCGCUACGCUCGCACAUGGCGCGGCACCGAGGCGAGCGGCCGUAUGUGUGCUCCAUGUGCUCAAAGAGCUUCUACAACCCGACUGACUUAAAAGUCCAUUUCCGCCUCCACACCGGCGAGAAGCCCUUGAAGUGCUCCGAAUGCAACAAGACCUUCCGCCGCCACUCCACGCUCUGCCAACACAUGAAGAAGCACAGAGGCAUCCGUAACCACGUGUGCAAUGUGUGCAACAAGGCGUUCUACGAGGUGUCCAAGCUUAACGCGCACAUGAGAGUUCAUACUGGUAAGCUAGAGAUCCUAUAACGCUCUUAAUG